GUUAGAAUAAACCUCCUCAUUCACUUCCUGGUGGAACUCUAGCUGCCCAAAAGUUGUGGCAGCCUACAAUAGACUCAGAGGAUCCAAGAGCAAAGCCAGCAUCCAGAUAUGCCAGGGCUUCAGGAUACUCCUCUGGGGGUGUUACGGCAGGGCAGGAGAUGUGUGCAAUGUGGGGAACUGGUGAAUGAGACCCAAGAACACAGUUCUCUGAGAAGAUGUCAGUGUUACGACCGUCUUACCGAGUCUGUUGUUCGUGUGGGCGAGAAGGGAGAUGAGAGAUAUACUAAACCCCACUGGACGGCUGGACGUAUGGGAGAUAUUGAUUUUACCGGUACCAGUCGGACAAGAGGCAAGUUUGUCAGGGUGAUCAGCUCCACAGAUCCAGCUGAGAUCUAUGAGAUUUUGACGAAGCAGUGGGGUCUUGCUCCUCCUCAUCUGGUGGUGGCACUAGUGGGAGGUGAUGAGGUGGCUCAGAUGAAGCCCUGGCUGAGAGACACAGUUAGGAAAGGCCUUGUGAGGGCUGCUCAAAGCACAGGUGCGUGGAUCCUCACCAGUGGUUUGCGCUUUGGCAUCACCAAGCACCUGGGUCAAGCCGUAAGAGACCACUCGCUCGCUAGUACUUCCUCCAAAGUGCGAGUGGUGGCCAUUGGGAUUGCACCCUGGCACAUGAUUCAGAGCAAAGAACUGCUGCUUUCUGCAAAGCCUGAUCAUCCAGCAGCAUACCCAACUGAGGAUCUCCCCCAUGGUGCAAUGUAUUCCCUGGAUUGCAAUCAUUCUCAUUUCGUCCUUGUGGAUGAGGAGUCCCAAAGACCUGGGGCCACUGCUGAGAUGAGAGUCAAGAUGCUCAAGCACAUCUCUGAACAGCGCACAGGGUAUGGAGGUACAGGAAGUAUAGAAAUCCCUGUUUUGUGUCUUCUGGUUCAUGGAGAGCCAAUGAUAUUGCAGAGAAUGUACAAGAACAUUCAGAAUUCUAUACCGUGGCUGAUUUUGGCUGGUUCAGGAGGAGUUGCAGAUAUUUUAGUGACCCUGAUGACCAGAGGAUGCUGGGAUGCUGACAUGGUCCAAGAGCUUCUGAUUAAUACCUUUACCAAUAGCCUACACAGCGCUGAAAUCCCUUUCUGGGUCAAAUUGAUCCAGAGAAUAUUGGACCAUGGUCACUUGUUGACAGUGCAUGACCCAGAACAGGACUCAGAACUGGACACAGUAAUUCUGAAAGCUCUGGUUAAGGCGUGUAAGAGUCAGAGUCAGGAAGCACAGGACUUUUUGGAUGAGCUGAAACUAGCUGUGGCCUGGAAUAGGGUGGACAUCGCUAAUAGUGAGAUCUUCAGUGGAGAUGUGUUAUGGAGUCCACAGGAUCUGGAGGAGGUGAUGAUGGAGGCAUUGAUUAAUGACAAGCCUGACUUUGUGCGUCUGUUUGUGGAUAACGGAGUGAACAUGAAUGAGUUCCUAACUUAUGGUCGUCUUCAGGAACUCUACUCCUCUGUGUCUGAGAAAAGCCUCCUUCACACGCUGCUUAUGAAAAAACUUCAGGAGAAACAGGCUAAUUUGGCCAGUACACGGGCGUCUGGAUACCCAAACACUGAUGCAGGGCCUCGUUUCACCUUCCAUGAAGUAUCCAAAGUCCUAAAAGACUUUCUACAUGACAUCUGUAAGGGUUUCUACCAAAAACUUCCAGCGGAGAGGGUGGGGAAAGGCCGGCUUUUCCACAGUCAGAAAGACCUCCCAGACAUGGACAGACGUUGUGAGUACCCUUGGAGAGACCUCUUCCUCUGGGCUAUCCUGCAGAAUAGGCAGGAAAUGGCAAACUACUUCUGGGCGAUGGGCCCGGAGGCAGUGGCUGCUGCUCUGGUGGGCUGUAAGAUUAUGAAGGAGAUGGCUCAUUUGGCUACUGAAGCAGAGUCUGCUCGCAGUAUGAAAAAUGCCAAGUAUGAGCAAUUUGCUAUCGAUCUCUUCAGUGAGUGUUAUUCAAACAGUGAAGACAGAGCCUACUCCCUUCUUGUGAGGAAAACAUGCUGUUGGAGCAAAGCAACUGUCCUGAAUCUCGCCACUGAGGCAGAUGCCAAAUGUUUUGUUGCUCACGAUGGGGUCCAGGCCCUGUUGACUAAAGUCUGGUGGGGAGCCAUGAGGACCGACACUUCUAUCUCUAGACUCAUGCUCAUAUUCUUCAUCCCUUUCCUCAUGUGGACCCGUCUCAUCAAGUUCAAUGAUAAUGAACAAGAGAGUAAAGGUGAAGGGGAGCCAUUUGAUGAGCUAGACAGUUUGGAAACAGAGCAAGCACUGUUGCUCACAAAUGAGGAUCCAGUCACUGCUGAAGGUGGGAGUGACCCUGCAGCGCAGAGCUGCAGUGAUACCUUUAUUCGCGUUGUAUUGCGGCGGUGGAACCGUUACUGGUGCGCUCCAGUCACUGUGUUCUUUGGAAAUGUAAUCAUGUACUUUGCAUUCCUCAUUCUAUUCACUUACGUGCUCCUCCUGGACUUCCGGCCCCCACCACCGCAUGGCCCAUCUGCAGCUGAGAUCAUCCUCUACUUCUGGGUCUUUACACUGGUGUUGGAGGAACUUAGACAAAGCUUCUUUACGGAUGAGGACAUGAGUAUUCUGAAGAAGUUCAAGCUUUAUAUGGAGGACAACUGGAACAAGUGUGACAUGGUGGCCAUCUCUCUCUUCGUGAUGGGGGUGUCAUGCAGGAUGGCAAAUAGCACCUACGAGGCUGCACGCACAGUUCUCGCUUUGGACUUCAUGGUUUUCACCAUGAGGCUCAUUCACAUUUUUGCCAUCCACAAGCAACUCGGGCCCAAGAUCAUCAUUGUGGAAAGAAUGAUUAAAGAUGUGUUCUUCUUCCUUUUCUUCCUGACCGUGUGGCUGAUAGCGUAUGGAGUGACCACGCAGGCCCUCCUGCACCCAAAUGACCCACGCAUUGACUGGGUCUUCCGCAGAGCACUUUACCGCCCUUAUCUCCAUAUAUUUGGACAGAUUCCUCUGGAAGAAAUUGAUGCGGCCAAGAUGCCAGAUGGUAACUGCACUAAUGACGUGGAGGAGAUCAUUUCAGGCAUUCUGCCACCCUGUCCAAAUAUCUAUGCCAACUGGCUGGUCAUACUGCUGCUUGUCAUCUAUUUGCUGGUCACGAAUGUGCUGCUGCUUAACCUUCUAAUUGCCAUGUUCAGCUACACCUUCCAGGUAGUGCAGGAGAAUGCAGACAUCUUCUGGAAGUUUCAGCGUUAUAAUCUUAUCGUUGAAUACCACAGCCGUCCUGCCCUGGCCCCACCCUUCAUCAUCAUCAGCCACAUCUCUCAGGCUCUCCUCAGCCUUGUUAAAACGACAGAAGCCAAGCAUGAUCUUUUGGAGAGGGAACUGCCAGUUGGCCUGGACCAGAAGCUAAUGACAUGGGAGACGGUGCAGAAGGAGAACUAUCUGGCUAAACUGGAGCGAGAGCAUAGGGAGAGCAGUGGAGAGAGACUGAGAUACACUUCCUCUAAGGUGCAGAGUUUGCUGAGGACUGUUGGGGUUUUGAAGGAGCAAGAAAAACGCAUGGCAACAGUAGAGACUGAGGUGAGGUAUUGUGGAGAGGUGCUGUCUUGGAUGGCAGAUUGUUUUAGCAGAAGUACUCUAAAGUGUGACAGAGAUGCACCUAAAAUCCCACGGUCAAUUGCCAGCUCCAGAAACGUACAACCUCAAGAAGCUAGGCGACAGCAACCAUCAGGACAGUCAGCGUAUGGUGCAGAGAAGAAACUACCCUACAUUGAUCAGUGAUCAGACAAUAUUAUUAUGCAAAUGUUUUACAACAGAAAUAGGAUAAUUAAAGAUAAAAUGAAGUUGUGCAGAUUAUUAUUUUGAUUUUGCAGUGCUUCCAUCUGCAUUACAUUUUCUAAUGUUGUGUGCCUUCUUUUGUACCUAAUUACUACAUAAUAAUUCUAAGGUAAUUUAUAAUGUUUGCUAUACAAUAAAAUAUUUAAAAAAAAAUAUUUAUACUUUGUUAAUGUACAAGUUUUUAAUAAUAAUUUUAAUAAUGUGUAUUUUUCAGUUGUUUUCUCAAUUACAUUUUUGUUUCUUAAUAUGAUGAGAUGAAUAUGGAAGGUAAUGUUAGAUUUUCAUUAUUUUUUAUUGUCUAAAUCCUGUUCAAACCUGGUUUAAUAUUUAUGAAUCACCAUUGUGUAAAGUGAACUAUGUUUGGAAGUCUUUGAGCCCCCAACUUUCACCAUCGGGUUUCCUCAUUUCCGUAGGUUUUCCAGUAACACUUUACAAAGAGGUUCCAUUUGUUAACAUUAGUUAAUGCAGUAGUUAAUAUAUUUUUACAGCAUUAAUUAAUAUUUGAUAAUGUUAGUUAAUACAAAUACAAUUGUUCAUUGUUAGUUCAUAGUGCAUUAACUAAUGUUAACAAAUAAAACUUUUGAUUUUUAAAAUGCAUUAGAAAGUUUAAAUUAACAUUAAGAUUAACAAAUGCUUAAAGGUUUUGCUCAUUAUUAGUUCAUGUUAACUAGUGUUGUUAACAAAUGGAACCUUGUUUUAAAGUGUUGCUAAAGUGUUUUUACUUAAUCUUGUCAUUUAUAGUGUAAAUCUCACAGUUUCUCGGGGUUUUCAGACAGGAAGGCACAGAUUAUUCAUUAUCAGGAAUGGCCAAUACUGUUCACAUAGCGAAUGAAUCAGUAACCAGUUGACUAGGCAAAUUUACACAAUAUACGUAAGAGAAUCAAAACCAGCCUUGAGGGAAAAAAGGAUUUUCACACUGUACAAAUGCAUCAACUGAGGUGUUUUGUCUCAAUAAUGCAGAGGAGACAAUAAGGAUUAUUUAGUGAAGGUGAAAGGAACUCUGCUGAUGUAAUAUUAAUCUCUGCACUACUUUGUGAUGGACAGGCUUGGUACGUAUUACAUGUGCAUUGUUUUAAAUUUGUAUGCAAGUGAAUAUUGAAGAUUGUGCACUUUUUGGAUUUAAGAUGUUUGUAGUUUUUUGUGGUGAAUUUAUACAUGUGAGCAGCAAAAACAAAAUUACCAUAGAUGAUUUCAUAAAAUUUAUUACACUGUAUAUUUUGACAGAACAAUGAAUGAGAAUAAAAAUAGUUUAGUGGAAAACUGAUCCUAUUCUUGAAACAGUGUGUAAGUUGUGUAUGUGUGUUGUGGAAACACAAUUUAUAAUUACUAUGUUUUGAAAGAGUAGAGAGAAGCAUCAGAUGGAUUAUACUGUUAAACAGAGUUGCUAAGUGGAGGUCUCUGCCAGCUCCUGUUCACCUCAUUUUGAGUCAAAUGGGCAUUGGUGACUGAGGCUAUCAACUUUGAUGGCCCUUGAUGUCUCCAUCCCAAUCCCUAAAUUGAGUCAAAUGUAAAGACAGUGCUUUACGUGUGAGCUUUGUCUAUGAUAAUGAAGUGGUCUAAGUGAUAUAGCUAUGAUGAUUGGAUUAAGGGCUGGUAACACACCAGGGUAUGGGGUGGGUUCUUACAACUGUUUACUUCCUUUGCAUACUUUGUUAACAAGUAUUUUGUCUUUACUUGAAGGACUGCCCACCAAAAUGUCUAUAA